AUGGAAUAUGAUCGAAGCGUCGGAUUAGAUGAAAAAGAAGAAAUAACAAUGAUGGAAUUAAAAGCUUCAAUUGGAAUAUUAUUGCUUGCUGGUUUAUUAGGAAGAUCAAAGGGAAAUUUGCGAUCCUUAUGGAGAACAAGUCCCUGGGAAUCUCCAAUAUUUAAAGCUACUAUUUCAAGAGAUCGUUUUGACAAAAUUAUUUCGUGUCUAAGAUUUGAUGAUAAAAGAACAAGAGAAGAGAGAAAACAAGCAGAUAAAUUUACGGCAAUUCGUGAAAUUUGGUCAGAUUUUCAAGAUAAAUUAAAAACAUGUUAUACACCAGGACUUGAUCUUACCAUCGACGAACAAUUAUUAAGUUUUCGGGGAAAAUGUCCAUUUCGUCAAUUUAUUCCUAAGAAGCCUGACAAAUACGGAUUAAAGUUCUGGCUAUGUGUUGAUGCAGAGUCGUAUUGUGUAUUGAAUGCUUUUCCUUACAUUGGACGACAACCAGGUCAAGAAAAACAAAAACACAUAGGUGAAAGUGUAGUUUUAGAAUUGCUCAAGCCAUUCUAUGGUUCAAACAGAAACGUUACAAUGGAUAAUUUCUUUACAAGUGUUUCAUUGGCGAAAAAUCUUCAAACGAAGAAUCUUACUCUUAUAGGAACAUUACGAAAAAAUAAACCAGAAAUACCUAUAGAAUUUCUAUCAAAUAAAACUCGUGAAGUUGGUUCUUCGCUUUUUGGUUUUGAAGAUAAUUUAACUUUAGUUUCCUUUGUACCAAAAAAUAAUAAAGCCGUCUUAUUACUUUCUUCGAAACAUCAUGAUAAUCAAGUGGACAAUAAGACUGGAAAACCAGUUAUUAUUUUGGAUUAUAAUAAAACCAAGGGAGCUGUUGAUACUGUUGAUCAAAUGUGCCACAAAUAUACAGCGAAAAAUCCAGAAUGGAAUCGAAAUAAGAGAUAUCAACGACGACUAUUUUUAGAAGAACUCGGACUUAGUCUAGUAACACCUCUGUUGGAUUUUCGUUCAAAAACCUCAAAAUUUCUACAUAAAGAUAUUCAAAAUGCUUUAGCUAUUGUUGGUCAUCCUAUAACGAGAAGAAAUUCACAAGAAUCAAAUGAAGAUUCUGAACAAGGAAAACGAAAACGGUGUUCAAUGUGUGAAACAUCUAAAGACA